AUGACUACGUCGUCCAGUACUCCAGAAGAGAUGAAAGGAGUUGUACAAGAAACUCCCCCUACUGAGCCGAAAUCUUGCCUGACGAUUUCGAACUUCGUUGAGGCGCCGGUUCAUGGACCCAAUCUCGCACUCAAUCUGUUUGAUUGUUUGAAGGAGGAGGGCGCAGUGACCAUUCCCACGCAGCCGCCGGAAUCUUCUACCGUGGCACUCGAAAAGCAGCCGGAGAAGCGUUCUUUCUCUUGCAAGUAUUGCAGUAAAAAGUUUUCCAAUUCACAAGCGCUCGGCGGCCAUCAAAACGCCCACAAACACGAGCGAGCGGCCAAGAAGAAGGAGAAAGUAAUGUAUAUUUCUCCUGGCUUUGAACACGUGGAUCCUAUGUCUUUCCCGUAUUCGGUAAUGGGAAAAACCCUAGGGGUUCAGCCGCAUUCAAUGAUUCAUAAGCCAACCUAUAACGACGGUUGGGCGCGUGGUGGACUCGGGCAUGGCUAUCAAGGGUGGCAAACGCAGGCUAAUAUUUUUCAACCACAAUGCCUGGCGGCAAGCGGUGAGCGCCGUCGACCUUUGGAUGUGACUGGCUUCACCAGUAGGAAUUCGAAUUCAAACGGCGGCGGCAUGUCUGGAGGUGUGUCUCUAAUUAUGGGACCUUUUCCUAAUACGAUUACCAAUGGCAUUUAUCGUCAGGGUAGCACUACUUCUUCCCAGAAUCUGCAGUGCGAAACGCCUGGAGUUCUUGACUUGUCGCUCAAGCUUUAA